AUGGCACAUAAUUCUCGUGAUUCUAUCAAUCUAGCGCGCAUAGUGCGCCGUCUUGAAGACCCGGACACGCCAGCGACACCCGUGACGCGCGCAGAGAACAUAAAGCAUGCAAGAACACUCGCUAAACGCGUAUAUGGAUCCGACACCAACCCGUAUGAACAGCGGCUCAGCGCCAUCGAACAUCGCCUUGAUGCGGGUUCAAUAGCAUCUAGUAUUCGACGCAAAGCCCCAUCAACGCGGUCUUAUACGUCAAUGAUCGAACCAUUACUGGUUCCUGUUGCAACCGAAAUUCCUGCAGCGGAAGAAAAGCAGGCAGACCCGUCCCCAGGUUCACCCACGUCAUUAGGAGAGGAGGACCCAGCUACACUCGUCGCUCAGAUGCUCCUGCCAUCAGAAGAACUGGCAAAACCGGUUUCGACCUCUCUCCUCAACGGUGCGACCCAUGACCCAGCCGCAAAGCCGUCGUCACUCUCUCCCGAGUUUCUCACCGCUUCACGCCAAACGCAAGACGAGAUCUCAGAGCGACUAGCAGAAAUGGCCGCACAACUGCGUCGAAACGCUCAGACAUUCUCUGCGGCUCUGGAAGACGACAAGGAAGCACUCGCAGAGGCCGACAUCAAGCUCGACAGUAACCUCGCACUCAUGCAAAAGGAACGAGGUAGACUUGGAACUUAUAGUAGCAAGAGUAGAGGAACGACCUGGAUUGUCAUCGCAUCGAUUCUCGUCGUGGCCGUUGCAUGGGUCAUUAUGUUCUUUGUGAUCCGUCUGACCUGA